UUGGCUAAAAAACAUUCUACUUUUUUCCGCUUCACUUCAGCCCGACCCAGCAUCCUCGAGCCCGACUCCAGACAGCGUCAGAUCGAGGCACGUCCAGGCCAAACGGUGACGCUCGAGUGCGAGGCGUCUGGAGUGCCUCCGCCCAUGAUCAUCUGGCGCUUCAACUGGGGCUGUCUUCGCGAUCCAACACGAAUGCGUUCUGAACCACUGACCAGCCGACUUGGCUGUCGCGGAUCUCGUGGCCGUCUGGUGAUCGAGUCGUUCCGUGAAGGCGACGAUGGCAUCUACAAUUGCGAAGCCCUGUCCGGCAAGGACAGAGCCAUGUCGCAGGACAUCUACGUGGUCAUGGCCGUCUAA